AAUAAUUCUACAAUUAAAUCAUUCAACUAUGGCAGCUCUCAAAAUUUUUUCACUACUAAUUGCUUCAAUCGCCUUUGUUCAAAUGGCAAUGGCCGGAGACCCGGACAUUCUUACCGACUUUAUUGCUCCUCCAAACGUAACAAUAGAUGGCAACUUCUUCACAAACACCGCAUUUCGCGCUCUUGUUGGGGGCGGCCCUCCCACAGCUUUCAAGAUAUUAAAGGCAACCAUGGCUGAGUUCCCCGCUCUUAAUGGCCAGAGUGUUUCAUACGCCACCCUCGAAUUCCCAUCUAAAAGUACCAACCCACCACACACUCAUCCUCGCGCUGCUGAACUCCUUUUCCUUAUUGAAGGUGCCCUCGAAGUUGGUUUCGUGGACACCAAAAACACACUCUUUACACAGACCCUUCAAGUAGGUGAUCUGUUUGUAUUUCCCAAGGGGCUAGCACACUUUCAGUACAAUGCUGAUCCACAAGUCCCAGCUCUGGCAGUUUCUGCCUUUGGAAGUGCAAAUGCAGGAACUGUAUCAAUACCCAGCACCUUGUUUGCCACCGGCAUUGACGACAAUGUCUUGGCUAUCUCCUUCAAGACCGAUGUCGCCACCAUUCAAAAGCUCAAGGCUGGACUUGCACCCUAGCCAUGAGGACAGAAUUGUUAACCAGAAGUUCAAUGUUCUGCUCAAGCAAUUUUCUAUCCUUUUGUUUUCUUCUAAUUUUGUUUGAAUAAUUUACCCUUAAUGUAUUCAAAGGGCAUGUUUGUUUCCUACAAAUGAUUUAUGGUCAACCAACAAAAAUCUUCCCUCUCUUUUCCAUUGCUUUUCCUUAUUGCCAAACGUCCUAAAGUUAAACUGUACAGAGAAAUAAACUCAUCCGAGAUAGCAAGUAAAACAGAAUUAUGCUCUAAGCCUAUAAAACAGGCCAAAAAGAAAAGGCAGCAUAUAAAAUCGUACCCGUGUGUAAAUCCAAAUUCUUAAAGUAAAAGCUCAGUUAGAGAGGACAAAAAACUAUAUAACAUUCCAGUUCUUCAAUGCUAAUAACGCCAUAAACUACAUCCGCCCCCAAAAUUUAUGGAUAAAAUUGUCGGAGAUGAAACAUAUGCA